AGUGGGAAGUGCUCAAAUCGGUGAGACAACGUACAGAGACUGAUGCAGUGUAACAAGUCUGUCUACUCUGAGUGAGGGUUACCCAUUUAGACUGAUAAAGUAUAGCAUGUAUGAGUGACACACUAGAUAGAUACAAUGUGGUUUAUGAGUGAGAUACUACUACAGACUGAUACAAUGCAUAAUAUUAUUUCAGUCUUCCACAGUCUCAACAUGGCUUUUUUUUACCAUUCUCAUCAGAUAGAGCUUCUUAUUCUGAGCAAUUUGAAUCCCCAUAUAUAUCUACCACAAAUUAUUUAUAAUAGUGACAGCAAUUUUUUAAGAUUUAUCUGUUUUUUGGGGGGAAAAAGCUCACUUGCUCCCGUGACAAUGCUCGGACGUACUUCAUAUCCAUUUAGCCUUGUUAGUUAGAUUAGAUUAGUCUCAUUAGGUUAAUUUAAGUUUGUUUUGUUAGGUUAGCUUACAUAGGUUAGUUUGGUUAGCUUAGGUUAGUUUAGUUAGGUUAGAUUAGUUUAAGUUAGUUUUGUUAGGUUAGGUGGUGGUAUGUGACUGCUGGCUGGUGGGCCACAAGCAAACAGUGGCCAGUCCUCACAGGGAUAAUAAUGCAAAACAAUGUUGGGUUGAGUGAGCCUCUUAUUGACUCAGAGGGCUACCCACGGUCAGACAUCGACGUCUAUCAGGUCCGUCACGCACGCCACCAGAUUAAGUGUCUCCAGAAUGACCACACAGCCCUCCUGCGGCGCAUUGAGGAAGGCCUGGCUGUGAUGCUGAAUCCUUCUGCCUCUUCCAACCUUGAUCCCAAUGGCACCAAUGCUCCCCCACCUCCACAGAAUUUUGAGCCUUUUACCAAGGUGGAUCAUGUCAUGCCUGGAUCUCCUGCUAACAUGGCCGGCCUGCAGGAGGGUGACCUGCUCAUUAAGUUUGGCUCCAUCACUACUGAGAAUUUCCGCAACCUAACCGAUGUGGCAACAGUGGUGCAGCACUCAGUCAAUUCUGCCAUUCAGGUGUGUGUGCAGCGUGGUGGAGACAGUGUUACCCUCAGCCUUACACCUCGCCAGUGGUCUGGACGGGGCCUCCUUGGGUGCAACCUACUCCCCUAUGAACGCCUUGACCGAUAAAGGAAAAUGCACACCUGAUAAUAUUGAGGAUCUGCAGGAAGUGGUCAGCUCAAGGCUUCCCAGAACUAAUGGGUGACUUGGGAAUGUUGAAAUAUGAUAUGUUUAUGUAGCAAUGAAUGGAUUUUUCAUGAAUGAAUUAAUUAGUUAUCAAUUAAGGUUGGUAGACUUAGCAGGAAAGCAGUUUGAUUAUUAAGAGAAUAUAUAUUUUUACAUAGAAGAUUUAUAAUCAGUUCUUGACAUACAGGGUUUUAAGACAGUUUAAAAAAUUUGUGAAGAAGCCCUUGGAUAGCAAUAAGUUAAGGAUUUGAGUAUCAGUGAGUCUCCUCCUUUUGUGGCCAGCAGAAAUACUUAUAGCUUGUUAACAUGCAUCUUCAAUUCACCUUUUGUGAAAAUAAUAUCCAUGAUGGAAACUUUACUUUCUGGUCAUUAUUGUCUGCUUGGUACCAAAUGUGGUCAUUUGUGUGCAGAUGACACACACAGAAUGUUCAACUUUCAGAUUUGCAGAGAAAAGGCUGUGGAACUUUAAGAAUAACUUGAAGCAUUAACCAAAGUGAUGUGACAUGAAAGCUAUUGAUGCAGCCAGCACCACAAUAAUUACCCUCUUAGACUGCUAAAAUGCAGCAAAACAAAACCACAUCUUGUGUCCUUCAUUUAAAACUGAUUCCUUUUGACUUGAUUGCUUUGUUAAUACUAUCUGGGUACUUCUGUAAACACAUGAUUAAGAUCGGUGUCCUUAAUGGAAGGCCAAGCACUUAGCACAAUAACAGAUACCAUUAUUCAAGUAGAAUGUGUUGUUUUAUUGGCACCAAUGAUUAAUUGUAAGCUGGAGGAUAAAGCUGGAAAGAGUUGUACAAUGAGAUCAGUCAGUAUUAAUUAAUAUCUCUAGUUUUUUAGAGCAUAGAUAUAAAAUUAAUAGGCUGAUAAUACACACUCAGAGUUUUCCCUUAUUCAUACAAGAAAAUUGAUGUCCAGUGGUUUCAAAGGGUGUCUGUAUUUUUCCAUGGAUUUUCAAAAUUCAUGGAUGUCUCUUAAUGCCUAAUCCCCUGAAUGUUACAGGAUGACUAUGCUUUUGUCUUAACCAGAUAACUUUUGGAGCCUUAAGCUUAAGAUGCUGGGAAAUUAUUUGAAUAUCAUUAUUAAGAUAUAUUUGAAUAUUUGUUUGUGAAAGUGAAUACAUUUCUUAUUAGGCAUAUCUUGUGGGAAUGUUCGUCUGGUGUAUAGAGUGGUAGAUCAUUAUGACUUCUGAAUCUAUGUAAAUCAUAGAAAAGCUAAAAUGAGGCAUUUAGUGUAGGAAGGGCAAAUCUACAUUUUUAGCGGUUCUGAGUUAGACUUGCCAGAGCAUUCUCACCAUUAUCUACAUGUUGCUGCCAGAAUCAAACUGUUUUGCCUUUAAAACAUGGUAGAAAAUCCCUUUGAAUAUAGGGAUGCAUCCUGACUUAAUACUCAAAACUUUGCCAUGUAGGUGGAAGGUGCCAAGAAGAAGCAUAUUGUAGUAGGGGCAAACCUCACAUCCCUGGUAGCCAAUGAGUGGCGAGGUGUCCUCUGACAUCACACCACACCUUCCUCACAGCCAAUCAGAUGAGAGCACAUCCUGUCAAAUGCCAGUAGUCAAUCAGAUGAGAGCACAUCCUGCUGGAUGCCACUAUGCCUGAUAUUUCAUUUACAUCGCAAGCAGUUUAUUACAUCUCCAGAGAAAAUUACCUGGGGAAUCAACCUGAAUGGAGAACACAAGCAGUGAUAGUGACCAUGAGCCAGGUGGAUGUUCCUGGCCUACACAAGCUAUCGGACCAAGAAAGAUGUAUGUAAGCAUGGAAUUGGUGAGCCCUGCAAGUGUGGGUGCCUUGACAAACUAGGCUAUGAGAGAGUAAAUGUAAUGAUUUUCCUCUGGUUUAGAGACAUCAUGGGUAUUAUUAAAUCACACGAAGAAAGUAGCAGUUCAUUGGUAAUGCCAGUUUUUGUUUACACCAAAAUAUUUUCAUGAUACACAUGUAUUAGUAAAUAUCUGAAGGAAAUAGCAAUUUAUUGGUAAUCCCUGUGUUUGUUUAUGCCAAAAUAUUUUCAUGAUACAUAUGUAUUGGUAAAUACACAAAGGAAGUAGCAAUUUAAUGGUAAUGCCUGUUUAUGUUUAUACCAAAAGAUUGUCAUGACACACAUGUAUUGGUAUGAACAACACUGUUCACAGAAUUAGUUGCCAAUUUGUCUUAAAUUAGCAAAUAUUGAGAGACAAAUAUCUUGAAACAACAUUUUGUUGGAUUCGCCUUCACAACACUAAGGGAUUUGCGCAUGAAUUGAUUACUUCAAACACCAAUACCAGAAAACCUGAUUUUGCUGGAUUCACCUUUUCAACACUAAGGGUCUCAAAUUACAUGACAUACAGAAGAGUUUGGAUUUAAUAAGUUAUGUAAAUGUCUUUGUUAUAAUAAUGAACAUUGGUAAGCUUUGAAGACUCAGUGGUACAGUAGUGGACGCUGGCAUCCUUAAGCUGAAGGUCACCUAAUAGAGCCUCAGGCCAAAAGUCAUUUGGUGGGAGAAUGAAUUGUUCUGUAAAUCUUGACACAAUAUGAUCUUCAUUAUCCUGCCAUGUGAUGUGGUGUCAGAAAGUCAGUCAAUCUAUUUUUGUCUUGUUUGGUGCCAUAUGAUCUCAAUAUGGUGCUAAAAAGUCUUGUCUUGUCUUGUCUUAAUCCCAUUAUGGUGCCAAAAGUCAAUCAGUCAGUCAUCCCAGCCAUUCUUGUCUUGGCUCAUGCCAUAUACUCGUACUGUGGUGUCAGGAGUCCACCAGCAUUAUCUUAACUUUGUUGGAAUACAGUUUCAGAAUCUCUUAAGAUCACUAAUUCAUUGAUUACUGAAGUUCAUUGGAGCAAUAAUGUACUGCAUGAAGGUCAUGGUUCUGAAACUUAAUAAGUCACCUAAAAAUUCUACAAAGAUAUAUUAAAUGGAAAGUAUCUACAUAUGUAAAUAAAUAGUAUAUUUAUACAUUGGAAGUUUUUGAAAGACUAAAAUUAAAAAAAUUAACCACAUUUCUUUAUACUAAAAUGGACAGUAUUUCAUAAGUUUUAGACCAACUAAGAAGUUUGAAGAUUGCAAAAGUUUAUUGUGAUGUUGUCGGUGUGUUAGGAUGAUUAUCAGCUAAUGAGUUUGAUAAAGGAUGGUGAAAGACAAGUGCUUUUCUUUCAGCAUAGGAAAUUUGUGGUUUUCCUCUAUAAGACAUCCAUUCCUGUUACAGUGGCUCAUGAUUUUGUCAAAAGUAUAUAUAGUUCGAUGUUAACUACUGUAUUCUUGUUUCUUUAUUUUUUCCAUUAUAUUAUUAGCGUAGUAAUUUAUAACCUGCACUGCAUUGCUUUUAUAAAAGAUUACCUCAG